GGUAAAGUUCAAAAUGGAUUGGCCUACGACACUCAUCUCACGAAGAAUCUGUAAUCUUUUGAUUUUCUUCGUCCACAAAAACUCCUCCCUGGAUUUGGAUAAUCAACACUCGGCGAUGAAACACGGCGGCAAAGACCACCACAGACGCCGAAACCGAGGAGCCUUAUCCUCUUCUUCUUCUUCCCCACCAAAGACCCGACCUUCAGGGUCACCCAGCCGGACUUCCGGCGAACCCCGCGGCGGAAAGGUUGCGACUUCGGCCACUUUACUCGACCGCGAGGAGACGGGUCUCUUUCCCGGGUCGGGUUACGACGACCCGAAUCCGGAGCCGAGGAGCUUCCCUUACAGCGUGAAGCAGCAAUGCUGGGAGAAAGCAGAGAAGAUUAAAGGAAGAGAUCCUGAGCGUUGGAGGAGAGAUCCUUUAGGGAACAUUGUGUUUAGGAAGCUCGUGGGUUGUCCUGGAUGCUUGUGUCAUGAUUAUGACCACAUUGUUCCUUACUCCAAGGGUGGCAAGAGCACUCUAGACAACUGUCAGGUUCUGCAGGCAAAGGUAAACCGAUCAAAGGGAAAUAAAACAGAUAUUUCUAGAGCCGAGCUUAUCCAGAGGAGUUCCUACUGCCGAGUUGCUGGACGGGAUAUGGAUCUCAUUGAGCUAACAGCUUAUGGGAAUGUACAACGUGCGCCUGAGUCCAGUGGAUGCAGGAUGCAAUGAUAUGUAUUCGCUUAUCUUUGCCUACUUUUUUUUAUUGUAAAGAUGUAUUGGUUGAAAGAAAAUGAAGAGAUUUAUCAGUAUUUUACUUGGACAAGACUCCGUAAGACACAUAAAAGAGUAGAAAAUGAGUUAGUUGUA